AUGCAUGUGAUGCAUGUUGUGCACUCAUCAUCAACUCCCAAGAUUGAGCACUCUUGGUCUUACCUGUUGGUUCACAUUGACUAUGCUCCUAGAGGAGUCAAACCUCCUCAUACUCAUCCUCAUGCUACCGAAGUCAUUGUUGUUCUUAAAGGCACUAUUUAUGCCGGUUUUGUCUCCUCUAGUCCCAAUGAUACACUCAACUCGAAGGUUUUAUCUACAGGUGAUGUUUUCGUAUUCCUUAAAGGUCUUACACACUUCAAUAUGAAUUAUGGUAAAUCAAAUGCAGCUGCAUUGGUAGCGUUCAACAGUCAAAAACCUAGUACGAUCAUAGAUGCUAAUAAUCUAUUUGGAGCAAGGCCUCCAAUUAAUGAUGAACUUCUUGCCAAGGCAUUCCAGUUGAACAAGGAAACCAUUGAAGAACUUCAAGCAAAUACUUGGCCUAAUCCUGCCAAUUAA